CAAGACUCUCUUGUAUGUAUAUAUAAACCUAGUUCAUCAGCUAAUAAUCAAACCAUGUAAUUACAUCAUGUGCUAAUUAAACAACAAUGUCUGAGGAGAUAAUCAACUAAUUUAGUCCGACCAAUAAGAAGAAUAUAAUAUAGAAUAAAAUGGUGCCAACAUAUAGUUUUGAGGAGAAAUGCAUUAAACAUUACAGCAGCAAUCAUCAGAUACUGCUAGUCGGCGAAGGAAAUUUCUCGUUUGCCGUCUCUUUAGCCACCGCUUUCGGCAAUGCAUCGAACAUGGUUGCAACCUCUCUCGACUCCCGAGAGAUGUUGGAGAUAAAGUAUCCGACAACAGCAGCAGACAAUGUGGCUUUGCUUAGAGACAACGGGUGCACGGUGUUGCAUGAUGUAGACGCUACCACCAUGAGCCGACACCCUUCUUUGAUGCAUCGAAAAUUCGAUCGGAUCGUUUUCAAUUUUCCCCAUGCAGGCUUCAUCAUGCGUGAACACGACUCUUAUCAGAUAUCGCUACACAAGGAGGUGGUGAGGGGUUUCAUGAGAAACGGGCGUGAAAUGCUGACAAGUAGAGGUGAAAUUCACGUGACGCACAAAACGAGUCAUCCGUUUUCGCAGUGGGGGAUCGUUGAAUUAGGGCGGGAAGUUGGUUUGGUGCUAACGGAAGAGGUGAAUUUCUCGAUAUGGGAUUACCCUGGCUAUCGAAACAAGAAAGGUUCGGGAAGCAACUGCGACGAUACUUUUCCUGUCGGACAAAGCAGCACCUUCAAGUUCGCAGAACAAUCGUUGCCUACUGUUUUCGUUUCUUUCUGA